CAAACACAAUUCUCUUCCAAGAAAGCCUGCGCCAUCAGUUAUCCUUUACUCUUCUUGAUCCUUCUACUUUUACUCUUCUUGAUCGUUCUAUCUCUUUCUUUAUGUAUACAUCACCUCCUACACGCACUUCUAGGACAACCCUUUAAUUCAUUCAAAUUAAACACAGAAUUAGAUACGAGAAAUGGCAAAAGAAGUGAGCAACAAACAAGUAAUUCUAAAACACUAUGUCACUGGUUACCCUAAAGAAUCAGAUAUGGAUUUCAAGAAUACCACCAUUAAACUGAACGUUCAAGAAGGUUCUAAUGCUGUGAUUUUGAAGAAUCUUUAUUUGUCAUGUGACCCUUACAUGCGUGGCCGCAUGAGUAAACUUGAUGAUAGCUAUGUUGAGUCCUUCACUCCUGGCUCUCCAAUCACGGGAUAUGGAGUGGCUAGAGUUGUGGAGUCUGGUAAUUCAAACUUCCAGAAAGGUGAAUUAGUUUGGGGAAUGACUGGAUGGGAGGAGUAUAGUAUUGUAACUGCUCCUGAUCAGACUCUCUUUAAAAUUCAUGAUAAGGAUGUCCCUCUUACCUACUAUACAGGAAUCCUUGGGAUGCCUGGGCUGACAGCUUAUGUUGGUUUUUAUGAGAUUUGCUCCCCCAAGAAGGGAGAAACUGUCUUUGUUUCAGCUGCUUCUGGAGCAGUUGGUCAGCUUGUUGGCCAAUUUGCAAAGAUCAGCGGUUGCUAUGUUGUCGGUAGUGCUGGAACCAAACAAAAGGUUGAUCUGUUGAAGAGCAAGAUUGGUUUUGAUGAAGCUUUUAACUACAAAGAGGAGCAGGAUUUGGAUGCAGCUUUGAAGAGGCACUUCCCUGAAGGAAUUGACAUCUAUUUUGAGAAUGUUGGAGGGAAGAUGCUUGAUGCAGUUCUUGUGAAUAUGAAAGUCCGUGGGCGUAUUGCCGCGUGUGGGAUGAUCUCGCAAUACAACCUUGAGCAGACUGAAGGAGUCCACAACUUGUUGUACCUCAUUUCAAAACGAAUCCGCUUUCAAGGAUUUAUCAUUUUCGACCACUAUGAUCUCUACCCGAAAUAUUUGGAAAUGAUCAUUCCACAAAUAAAGGCUGGUAACGUCAAGUAUGCGGAAGACAUAGCCGUAGGUCUCGAAAGUGCUCCCAGUGCUCUAGUUGGUCUCUUCUCAGGUCGCAAUAUUGGGAAGCAAGUUGUGAUGGUUUCGCCAGAAUGAAGUACGCAAAUUAGAUGGUGGUCGAUUUGCUAGUUCUUUUAAAUAAAUUCAGUUGCAGUUUUAGCAGAGACUAGUUUUAGUGGACCUGCACGUGUACAUAGAGUCGAUAAAUAAAAAUUGUGGAGUAUAUAAUAAGAAUAAAUUGUUAAACAGCAGUAGUUGACAUUCAAAUAAAUGCAACAUUUGUUUAUGUGA